AUUCAGUCGGUAUCAGUCGAGGACCUGGGCCACUUUUUGUGAAAAAGCAACAGCCAGAAAGCAAAAUUGGAUCUGAAAACUGCAAAGUUUCUUUGCCGAUAACUUUAUCACCGAUAACGAUAGCCCAAAUAAAUUUAAACAUGGCCAGAUGUUGCUUUCCAACACUGACAGAUAGAAAGUUCGGCCACAUUUCCUUUCAGGUGUCAGUGCGAGAAGGAAAAAAAAUAUUAUUCAUUAAUUUGUCAACCUCACUUAGUCAAUUGUUCGUUUCCUGGAAAGUAUUAGAAUGAGUGAUAAUAUAAAUAAUAACGAGCAAAAUCGGGACAUGAACGAUAGUCAAGACGUGCCAAAUCAGGCAAACGAUUUGGUCGCUGAGGAACCUAUAAACGCUGAAGAUCUGAAUCCGAACGAUGAAGCUCCCAAUGAAGCAAUGAAUAAUAACGAGCAAAAUAGGGACAUGAACGAUAGUCAAGACGUGCCACAUCAGGCAAACGAUUUGGUCGCAGAGGAACCUAUAUACGCUGAAGAUCUGAAUCCGAACGAUGAAGCUCCCAAUGAAGCAGCAGGCAGUACUUUACAGCAACCAAACUAUGCUGCAAUCGUGGACUAUUAUUUACUCAACAAGAACAUACCCCAACGACCGAUUGGGAUGGACAUCAACAUGACCCACAAAAUUGAAACUGGAACACCCAUAACAAUUUCAUUCAUUAGUGGUGACGUUUUCUCGAUUACUACAACAAGCAAUCAAGCAAGCAUAAGUCUCAGGCCGCCUCAUGAUCCAGGCAGGGUUCGUGUGCACAUCAAUUCGCUUGAGUCAACUCCUCCAUUUCCGGUUGAUCCUUGGAGUUGUAAGCCUUCCGGUCAGUUCCGCUGCGGUAUAUGCCUUAUUGAAAUUAACCAGUUGGAGAAUAUACGCUCCACCACUUGCGGCCAUAUUUACUGUGACAGUUGCCUGCAACAGGCUCUGCGCGAGAAUGGCUGCUGCCCCAUUUGCGGAAACCCCCAGGAAUAUGAGAGUUCCAUACGUUUGUUUUGGUGCGGGCAUAAGCCCUGAGGUCCAGCAUCGCUUUCCUUACAUAAGCAGAAAAUAAAGGCCAGUUAGAGAAAACGGCACAUAACAAUUCUUAGCACUGCCUACUGCAUUACCGUAUGCACUGUUUACACAAAACUACAUUAUGAAAC